AUACGGCUCGAUCGUUUAGACGCUGAUCAACGCCAACAAAUGCUACGUCGAUUCCCACAACUGACACAAGCCGACCCCUUCAUCCUUUUACCCGCGGCGGUCAUGGAACAUGCCAUCAACACGGCGCCUCCCACACAAGAACGACGGAUGCGUUUGGCGCCGUCCCAGGAAGCCAUCAUCCGGGCCGAGAUCGUGGAUGUCCUUGAACCGGCCGCCUGGGGUUGUCGUCAAAAAGAAGGAUGGGUCGGCUCGUGUUUGAUUACCGGCGCCUCAACGCUGUGACUGUCCGCAUUGACGAGACCUUGGAACAGCUCGGGGGUGCCCCGAAACCCCGGAAGACCAACGACAGGUCCUUCGUCCACCUGGCCGGAUGCCUCAAGCACGAACUUUGUGCCCAAUCGUGUGCCAGCUUGGUGGGGUUAGGAGCAGCGUUGAUGCAGGACGACGACGGGGGGGGGGGAAUGCUCCCGGUGGCGUGCAUCAGCCACACACCCACGCAGGCGAAAUACGGGAUUACGGAGUUGGAAGGCCUGGCGGUCGAACAUCGUCGGCACGCAUCGACAGAUGGCGGUACCCGCAACGGUCCUUCUCGGGCGGAUGCAACACCGCCACCGAUGAAGCCCCCGCCCUGUCGGAACUCCCGCCAAAGGGCCGCCUCAGUACCGACGGAUUCCCCAUCACCUUCGGUCACCACGGUCGGUCGACCCACCCUCCGUCGACGCACGCACGCCAAGCCACUAGCCAUUAGUCGGGCUAUCCUUGCGUCACAUCAGGGCGGCCCAAGAAACCAGCAGCCCUCAAUUGACGAGAUGGGUAGCACCACGCGCGACGGUCAACGGGCACUCCACCGGGGAGUAUGGCGGGUCGCUAUCCCUGGUCUCGUAUGCUGUUGCCACCUACCCUCUGGCAUGCAGCACUACGACAAGCCCAUGAUUCUGCAUUGUCCGGUCAUCUCGGCUAUGCACACACUCUUGAGCGGCUGCGGCGCCAUUUUUGGUGGCCGGGUAUGGGCUUCUGCCUGCAAAGACUGUGGGUCGCGCAAACCCAAACAGCUGUUCUCGCAGCCACAGAAUACCACCUCCGAAAAUGCACUCAGUAGCCUACCGCCCGGCUAUGAUGGAGGGUUGGUGGAGCGGUUCAACCGCACCAUCAAGGCCGCCAUCAAUGUGGCUCCGACGCAGAACGACGAGUGGUUGGCCACGCUCACUUACGCCAACAACACGGCGACCCAUGGCACCCACGGGUUUGCACCCACCAUGCAAACCAACUCAAGCAUCGGUUUCGCGGACCCGCGCGGCUUCGACAAUUGGAGUGUCUCUGGGACUUGAGUGCCUGCCGUACUUCG